GAUUUUUCGUAAGAAAAUUAUAUUGCAUUCACUGGACAAUAUAGAAAGUAUAAAGCAAAUAAGAAAAAGUGCACGUGACUAUGUCAUCAAAGGUACUCUCGACUUUGGUCGUUUUAGUGGCUAUUUCGUUAAUUUCAACAACAACAGGAAGAAUUGUAAAGAAGAGACAAAUAUAUCGAGAACAAGUUCUUCCACAUGCUGGUGGAAAAAUUCCUGAUACAGCCUUUCAGACUGACCGUCUCUUUUUGAAUCAUUUGCAAAAGGAAGGUAUUGCUAUACCAGAUGGAAUAGUUUUGCAACAGCGUAAUCCACAAGUUUAUCCGUUCCUUAAUAAACAAUCACGAGCUGUAUAUAAAGUUGCAUUGAGUUCAGAUGGAAGAUAUAUUCCCAAUGAAGGACGUUACUUUUAUGAUUCUCCACCAUCAGUUGAGACAACAUAUCUUGUUCCCCAGAUACAUGACUAUCCCGAACGAAAACCAUCAGUAAUACCAGCUUACCCCGUCUACAAACAACUCCACAUACAAAAUCCUCAUCUGAAUCAACCCAAACUGCAACCCAAAUUAAAAUCAAAGAAAAAAUCAUUUUUAUACUUAUCGCCAUACAGCAAAACCUCUUCACUCGGAUCGGACAAAUUAAACAUCAUCCAUCAGCCAACUCAAACCAUCAAUUUACUGAACGAUCCUUUGGGUUAUCUAUCUAACAAUAAUUACAACACAAACUAUGGACCUUCACAGCAUUUUCAAACCACAAAAAAGUUACAUCAAUCCACUAUGGAGUCUAAAUUGUUAUUCGCACUUGGAUUAUUACUUGCAAUUGGAUUUGUAGCUUGCGUUGAGAUUCAAACUUUUGGGAGCCUUUUCCAUCCUGAAAAUGAAGUGCGAAGAAAAGAGAAAAAGCAGGAUCUGAGUAAAAUUCCUGGAGUACCUGGAGUCGAUUAUCCACUUUAUCAUGAAGUUCCUCAUACAAACUUUGAUUGCGGUUCUGUACCAGCUGCACCAGGAAUGUAUGCCAAUGUGGAAACUGGUUGUCAAGCAUAUCAUGUGUGCCAUGAUGGAAGAGAAGGUCAUCAAGGAGCUUCAUUUUUAUGUACAAACGGAACAAUUUUCAAUCAAAAGGAAUUCGCAUGCGAUUGGUGGUACAAUGUCAACUGUGCUGAGGCAAUUAGUUAUUACAGCUUGAAUGCCGACCCAGCUCAUAAUCCUUAUACUCCAAAGAAGAAACUGGAAGAACAGUUCUUGAUCAAAGCCUAAAGGGCUUAAAGAUUUAUUUUUAGGACAUUCUGUUACAUUUUAGGAACAAAAUCGAAUUUUUCAAUAAGUUUUCGUAACAAAAUUAAUUUUUCUAUGUAAAAAUUGUGAAUAAAAAAAUAUAAUUUAAAAUGUUUUAUAGUAAA